AUUCACCCUCCAUUUGGCUUCGCGUUCUCUUUCCUCUCCUUCUAGCAGUCAAUCGAACCACCGAAAAAGGGCUUUCUUUGGCGUUUCUCUUUCUCUCUCUAUAUCAAUCCCUAAUUUUCUCUCUUUCUCUCUCUACCGGAUCAUCCAUGGCUGACAAGUCCGACUUCGAUUCUCGCUCCAACCAGAUCUCCAAAGAUGUGCAAGGAUCUGACAAUCCUAUUCCGCUGUCACCACAGUGGCUUCUGCCAAAACCAGGGGAGAAUAAGCCCGGACAUUUAACUGGGGAGAACCAUUUCAACUCGCAUAUGGGUUAUUCCAGUCGUUCAGAUGUGAUGAAGUCAUCAGGAAACAGUGAGGAGGUGAAUGAUACUCAAAAGAAGGAUGUUUUCCGGCCAACUGUGCUUGACAUGGAUUCUGGUCGCCGUGACCGAUGGCGUGAUGAAGAAAGAGACACCAAUUCCUCCGUUCGCAGGGAUCGUUGGAGGGAUGGAGAUAAAGAGUUUAGUGAUACCCGCAAGGUGGAUCGGUGGACAGAGAACUCAUCUGCACGGCAUUUUGGAGAAACACGCCGUCCCCCAUCCGAGCGGUGGACUGAUUCAAGUAAUAAGGAAACUAACUACGAUCAACGUCGUGAGAGCAAAUGGAACACGCGCUGGGGACCGGAUGAUAAAGAGACAGAUAGUUUGCGUGAGAAGUGGAUUGACCCUAGCAGAGAUGCUGACAUGCCACUUGAGAAAGGGUUAUCUCAUCUUACUCAUCAUGGGAAGGAUGAGAAGGAGGGGGAUCAUUAUCGGCCAUGGAGAUAUAACUCCUCACACAGCCGAGGAAGGGUGGAACCUCCUCAUCAUCAAUCUUUAACGCCAACCAAACAGGUUCCUACAUUUUCCUAUGGUCGGGGACGUGGGGAUAAUACUGGUUCUACAUUUUCACAUGGACGGGGAAGGGUUGGCUCUGGUGGAGUCUCUAUGAACAAUAUUUCUAUUAAUACUCACUCUUCUGGAUUGAAUUCAGAAAAAGGUGAAAGUGGCCAUAUAGAUCCUUCCCCGUUAAGAUAUAGCAGGACAAAGUUACUUGAUGUUUACAGGAUGACUGAUAUGAAGUCGUCUGAAAAAAUAUUGAAUGGGGUCAUGCAAGUGCCUUCCCUUACACAGGAAGAACCAUUAGAGCCUCUGGCAUUUUGUGCACCUACUCACGAGGAACUGUUUAUUUUGAAGGGAAUUGACAAAGGAGACGUAAUAAGUAGUGGUGCAACCCAGAAUUCUAAGGAUGGAUCUGUUGGACGGAAUUCAAAUGAUGCUGUGCAAUCAAGAAGGGGCAAGAUUGGUAGUAGAGAAGAUUUACCACUUGCUGUUGAUGAUUAUAAAGAUGAAACAGUUGACAGUUCAAAAGGCGGUCAUUUAAAUUACCCAGAGCGCUUGUCCCAUGAGAAGCAGAUGACUUCUCACAGGUCUGAUGCAAAAAUAGAAUUGACGCAGGACCAUCAGUUGUACACUGGUUAUAAACUAAAUCUUGAAGCUUCGAGAGAAGAUGGUGCUGGGUAUAGGACUGAUGAGGUGCCCAUCAAUAGGGAGUCCACCAUGCAGGUGAAUUCCUCUGGUCAUCCUGGCACUACGUGGCAGUCUCCAUCAAUGGUAGAACGGAUGCAUUCAACCUCACAUGAUUGGAAAGAGAUUCCAACUGAUGUCAGGUCGAGAACCUCUGACAUUGGCUGGUCACAAUCACAGAAGGAUCUAAAUAGUGAAUGGGAAGCUGGUUUGUCAAGACCAUCUUUUUCCAAAGAUGAAUUUAAAUGGAAAACUGGCCAGGACUCAUUUCUUCAAAGGCAGCCAUCUACGUUACUGGAAAGGGAACAGGAAAGCCGGAAAAUUUCACAGCCUUCCCCAGAAGACCUAAUUCUUUGCUAUAAAGAUCCACAGGGUGAAAUUCAAGGCCCUUUUACUGGGAGUGAUAUCAUUGGAUGGUUUGAGGCUGGAUAUUUUGGAAUAGAUUUGCUAGUUCGCCUUAAAGAUGCACCCCGUGACUCACCAUUUUCAUUGCUUGGUGAUGUUAUGCCCCACUUACGAGCGAAAGCCCGACCACCACCCGGAUUUUGUUCACCAAAACAAAAUGAAGUUACGGAUGUAUCAAGUAGGUCAAACCUCAGUGGUUUUGGAAAGCUUUCUGCAGGUACAAGUGAGUUUGAUAUGCUGAAGCACGAUCCGAGAUAUAAACAUAAUCCAAUGACAGAAGCUGAAAAUAGGUUUUUGGAGUCACUGAUGUCUGGCAAUACGAGCAGUUCUCCUCUCGAGAAUUUUGCUUUCUCUGAAGGUAUGCAGGGAUAUGUUGGAAACAAUUCUAGUGGUAUGACCCCCUUGGGACCAGAAAGUGGAGACAAUCUAUAUCUCUUGGCCAAGAGAAUGUCACUUGAAUCGCAGAGGUCUGUGCCAAAUUCCUAUCAAUAUUGGCCUGGGAGGGAUGCAGCAUCUAUGGUUCCAACUUCAGAUAUUGUCCAGGAGUCCAUAAAGCCACAUUCAACACUGCUAUCUUCUGUUGUUGACAAUCCUCAUCCUCAUCCUCAUCCUCGUCUGCAGUCUCAUUCUCAGAAUGUGGACUUGAUGUCUGUCCUUCAAGGAUUACCUGACAGGUCUACAUCUGGUGUCAAUAAUGGAGUUAGUGGGUGGCCCAAUAUAUCAGUUCAAGGCGGUAUGGACACCCUUCAGGAUAAGUUGGACUCUCAUCGUGGCCAGAGUUUUCCUCCCCAAGCUGCUUUUGCGAUCCAAAAACAGAGGCUGCAACAACAGAACCAACCCUCUUUAACGAAUUUACUAGGUCAAACUAUAGAAAAUACUUCCAACAUUUUAACCCCUGAGCUGCUCCCUCCUGGUCUAUCUCAGGAUCCUCAGUUAUUAGCUUUGCUACAACAGCAAUACCUUUUGCAGUUACAUUCCCAGGCACCAGUUCCGUCACAGCAAAUGUCACUAUUGGAUAAACUCUUGUUGCUUAAGCAGCAGCAGAAACAGGAGCAGCAGCAACAGUUAUUGCGACAGCAACAGCAAUUGCUUUCUCAGGUUCUGUCGGAUCAUCAUCCUCCCCAGCCCUUUGGCGAGCCAUCUUAUGGACAGUUACAGGGUGCUUCACUGACUGCUGGGAAUGCUUCUGUGAAUCAUCCUCGGUUUCAGCCAUCACAGGAGCUGUUUCAGACUGGUUUACAAAUACCAGUUCCCAAUAUUCAAGAUGAACUUACUAACUAUGUAAAUUUGCCUACUAGUGUUUCCCAGGAUGUUGGUCUUAAUGCAUGUUCUGAAGCAUCUUCUAUAGAUUUGCCACAUCAAAUGUUUGGGAGUGCCACCAUCCAUCAACAAAGCUGGGGUGCUGCUCUGCCAGAACAAAUUGAUGACAUUCAGCAGAAGGAUUCUUUAGUGGCGUCAACUGUGAUGGAUAACUUACCCCGAAUGGAGUUGGCAGACAAAUCUUCACAGGGGCAGACAUUACAAGACAAUUUGAGAAGUAUUGAACAUGUAGCAGUCACAUCCUCCGAGGCUGCUAUAGAUUUUGUGCCUGUUGCUGUACCACCCGCAGAAACCAGUGAGAAUGAUCUUUUAGUGUCUGAGCAAGUAAAUGACUUGAAGACAACACCAGAUGGUUCUCUAGAAGACGCGCAGGUUGAAAGAGAACAAUGCAGUGAUGAGACCUCCUUGGUGAAAGAACUAAAAAGUGUUGAAGCACGUGAGGUAAGAAAAGCUUCUGAGAAGAAGUCCAGAAAGCAAAAAUCUACUAAGGCACAAUCCUCCUCAGACCAGGCGAAGGGAGUUUCUAAAACACUCUCUUCGAAGCUAUCAAAGUCUUCUGAAAGUGAAGUUCCUAUUGUUGCUGACACAAAAUUUGAGUUACAGAUUACAUCUGGGGAAUUACUUCAUGGGACAUCUCCGCAAGAAACAAGAGAGAGCAAAUCCUACGUUACUACUUUAGAAAGUGGUGAUUCUCAGCAUGUCAAGAGCCUAUUGCCUACCAGUGCAUCGAUAAAUGAUGUUGAAACUGUGGAAAUAAAAGGUGAAUCAAAACUGGGUUUGUCUGUCUCACAGCUUAACACACAAUUACAUACAGGACAAGGAGCUUGGAAGCCCGCGCCUGGUUUCAAGCCAAAGUCACUGCUUGAAAUUCAACAGGAAGAGCAGAGGAAAGCACAAACAGAAAUUGCAAUCUCCGAGAUCUCUACAUCUGUUAACUCCUUGAGUUUUUCAACUCCUUGGGCUGGGGUUGUUGCUAAUUCAGAUAAUAAAACAUUUAGAGACAUUAAGCAAGAUGCAGGUAGUACUGAUCUAAAUUUAGGACAGUCUGAAAAUUCUCUAAACCAAAGGAGCAAGAAAAGCCAAUUACAUGAUCUGUUGGCAGAAGAAGUUUUGGUAAAGUCUAAUGAUAGAGACAUGUCUAAUGAAAGAGAUGGGGAUGUUGUAGAUGGUGUAUCAAGUCUGCCCUCGGUAACAGUUAUGAGCAUUCAACCUAGUUCAGUAGAUGAUGACAACUUUAUUGAGGCUAAAGACACUAAAAGAAGUCGCAAAAAGUCGGCAAAAGCUAAGGGAGUUGGAGCUAAGGUCUCAGUACCCAAUGCUUCAGUUGAUGUGGCUGUUGGAUCAAGUUCAAUUGAGAAAGGCAAGAGUUCUCGUCAGGCACAGCUGGACAAGGAAGUUUUACCGGCAGUCCCAUCUGGUCCUUCUUUUGGAGAUUUUGUUCUCUGGAAAGGGGAUUCUGCAAACCCUCCCCCUGCUCCGGCGUGGUCAACAGAGUCUGGGAAGGUUUCCAAACCAACAUCGUUGAGAGACAUUCUUAAAGAACAAGAAAAAAAGGUUUCUUCUUCUUCUAUUCAGCAACAAACCCCGGCGCCAGCUCUUCAGAAGUCCCAGCAAACUCAGUCCGUCCGAAGUGGUCCUUCAUGGUCACUUUCUACAUCAUCUCCAGCGAAAGCUGCAACUCGCACCCAGAAUGUUUCCAAUGCUUCUGCUCAAACGAAACAUAAAGGAGAUGAUGAUCUAUUUUGGGGUCCUUUAGAUCAACCAAAGCAAGAAUUGAAGCAGCCGGAUUUUCCUCAUCUUGCAAGCCAGGGUAGUUGGGGAACAAAAACUACCCCUGUAAAGGGGACUCCAGGAGGUUCGUUGAACAGACAGAAGUCUGUGGGUGGUAGAGCUGCUGAGCGUUCUCUUUCCUCAUCUCCUGCUGCUCAGUCUUCCCUUAAAGGGAAAAAAAGUGCAAUGACAAAACAUUCAGAGGCCAUGGACUUCAGAGAUUGGUGUGAGAGUGAAUCUGUCAGGCUUAUUGGGACAAAAGAUACAAGUUUCCUGGAAUUUUGUAUAAAGCAAUCCAGAUCGGAGGCUGAGAUUCUUCUGAAAGAGAACCUUGGGUCUUUUGAUCCAGACCAUGAGUUUAUUGACAAUUUCCUCAACUACAAGGAGUUGUUACCCGCAGAUGUCCUCGAAAUUGCCUUCCAAAAUCGGAAUGAUCGCAAGGCCACUGAAUAUGGCGCUGGAGAUGUGAGUUCUGACAAUGCAGGUUUUGGGGACUCUGACCAAGGUAAUCCAAUGGCUCCUGAUGGAUCCAUGAAAGGGGGAGGAAAGAAGAAGGGGAAGAAAGGGAAGAAGGUAAGUCCUUCGGUUUUGGGAUUUAAUGUUGUUAGCAACCGCAUCAUGAUGGGAGAGAUUCAGACUGUGGAGGAUUAGGUGGUCUGAAGGCAGUUGUACAUACAUUUGUCUGAAGUACUUUGUAAAUGGUUUUUACUUAGGAUAUUUUGGUUCUCAUCCUUUAUAGAGCAAUAGCAGCAGCACUAAUUUAAUCUGCUCGAGCAAUUUUGUGAAGUAAGACUUUUAACGGUAGAGCCCUUGUUACCAUGGUUAAAUUCUUCAUAUCAAGUUUAUGUUGUUUCUUUCUUAA